GUCAAUAAUGUAAACAGACAGAUGACCCCUGAUUCUCUAGCCGACGACGAAGUAGAUUAUUAUUGUUAUGAUAUUCCUUUCGACUUCUGCUUUGUCGCGCUUGAGAAUCUCUCCGACUUGAGCUCUGUUGGAGAUAGAGUGAAAGAAAACAAGUAAUUAGUUGCCGAGAGGCAUGGGAAAGGAUUCAAAGCCAAAGGACUCCGGGAAGGGAAAGGGGAAACAGGCAGCAAGUGGAAGUGAUGAUAAGGGCAAGGGAAAAGGUGGGAAGGGUGCAGAUGGGCUAGGUACCUGCACCUAUGUCAAAGCAAGGCAUGUCUUAUGUGAGAAGCAAGGAAAGAUCAACGAGGCAUACAAGAAACUGCAGGAUGGUUGGCUUAGCAAUGGAGAUAAAGUGCCACCAGCAGAGUUUGCAAAGAUAGCACAAGAGUAUUCAGAAUGUCCAUCAGGAAAGAAAGGUGGUGACCUCGGCUGGUUUCCUCGAGGAAAGAUGGCUGGGCCAUUUCAGGAUGUUGCUUUUGGCACACCUGUUGGAGCUACAAGUGCCCCUUUCAAGUCAACGCAUGGGUACCAUAUUAUCUUAAGAACUGAGCCUUCGACUAGAAUGAAGCUGAUUUCAAUGAAGAGAGCAUUUUAA